AUGAUUCUUGCCUAUUAUAUUUUUGCGCAUUUUCUCCUCGCCCAUCGCGUUCUCGCCAUUGAGUUGAGAAUUUUCGAUGAUCUCGUCCAGAUCCGAAGCCAGAGCGGCCAAUUCUUCCCGCUGUGCUCAAAUUCAUUCUCGCCCAAAUAUGGCCAGCAAGCAUGUUCAACAAUUUCUAGCUUAUACUCUUCGCAUAGCAUCGAGCCACUUAACCAAUACACCUAUUCAAUUGCUUGCACUUCAAAUGUCUGCUUUUCAUUUCUCUCAUCCUACUGUAAGACUGGUGUCAAGGUCACCUGUUCAGUCAACUUAUGUUCUUCUGGAAGCGUCCCCAUCGGCAACAAGUGCAUCACAUCAUCAGGCAGCCUAGUUUCUGGAUUUUUCGAAGCUCAAUCCUUUUGCGAGCCGUUCUCGCUGAUCUCGAACAUCAAGACAACCGAAAUCGAGGCAUUGUCCGAAGCGAUAAUGCCAUUUUACCCGGCCGACGCCAUCUUCUUGACCUCCGGCGUUCGGCAAGGUUCGCAAUGGAAAUGGAAAACCGGCGACGUCAUCGAGGGCAGUUUCCAAGGCGUCGGACGAUGCCUGGGUCUGAAAUCCGGCGAGCUUAUCGCAAUUGAUUGUGAUGCUGACGUCGUGGCGCUUUGCGAGUUCGGAAGGGAGUGCAUCGCGAAAAAUCGACAAUAUGCCGGAACCCAGAAUUUUACCGAAAAUGGCCAUCCUUGCCUUCCAUGGAACGACCCAUCCGUUCUUUUCAAUCGAGAUGGGCACCUUGAGAUAUGGGACCAUAACUUUUGUCGAUUCAUUAGCGGGGCGUCGGAUUCGCCGAUGUGCUACACGUCGUCGAAACAAUUGGGCAAGUGCAGCCUUCCAGAUUGUCCGGAGACAUUCAAGGACCCGAUUGAGGCUGAAACAUGCUCGACGGGCUCAUUUUCAUGCGAUAAUGGCAGCAAGUGUAUUUCGGAGAAAUUCAAAUGCGAUUACGAGGUUGAUUGCAGCGAUGGAAGUGAUGAAAAAGAUUGCGAAGACUAUCUUCAGUCGUAUGAGCUUGUCGGCGCUUACCGGCUCACCGACAAUAUCAUCGAAGUUUGGACCUACAUUCCACACGUUCAGGGAUGCGCUAGAAAGUGCCGCGAGAGUCUGCUCAUGUGCGAGGCGUUUUCAUACGAGCACAAAACUCAAACGUGCCUUCUCACAGACACCUCGCAUGCUUAUUCAAGUUUGGUGCAGAAAAUCACAUUUUUGUAUUAUCGAAAACGAUUCUCAUCGAAAGACGUCGUUUUCACGUUGGAGAACAAUAUUUUGUACGCGUCGAAACAGUUGAGAAAGGCGUACGUUUGCGACGAGAAUUUCGGACGAGAUAAGCGCGGCGCAAUUUGUCGAACACUCGGAUUCGGAAAACGCCCCUUGCCGACUGAAAUUUAG